AUGGGUGGUUCUUCACCAAUAUUAUUCUUGCACUACUUGCUCUUCUUCCUACUCAUCAUCACUACAUCUCAUUACUUCAUGCUUGUUCACUCUUUCCCUUCUCUCCACCAACAAAACCCACUCUACCAUCAUAAUGACAGCUCUGCUUUGGUACACUUCAAUCAAAGCCUUUCUAUAUGGGAGUUUGCUUCUGGCGAUGCUUCAGCUUAUCCAAAGGUUGCAUCAUGGAAUACCAGUAACAGUGAUUGCUGCUCAUGGGAUGGUGUCACUUGUGAUGAUGAAACCGGCCGUGUCAUUGGACUUGACCUCAGUAGUAGCUUUCUCUUCUGUUUUAUCAAUACCAACAAUACCCUCUUCCGCCUUGUUCAUCUUCGGAGACUCAACCUUGCUGACAAUGACUUCAAUGAAUCUCAAAUCCCAUCUGCUGUUGGACUUUUUUCGAGGUUAACUUAUCUUAAUCUCUCAUAUUCUGUAUUUGCUGGUCAAAUCCCUUCGGAAAUUUCAAAUUUAACCAAAUUAACUUCUCUUGAUCUCUUAAGAAAUUCAGUGGAGCUCCGUAAGCCUGGUCUAACAAGCUUGGUUAAGAAUGUGACGAAUUUAAAAGAACUUUACCUUAAUGAGGUGAACAUAUUUUCUACAAUACUUCACAAUUUGGCUAAUUUUUCAUCUUUAACCUCUCUACUUCUCGAAGAUUGUCAAUUACAAGGUGAAUUUCCCGCAGGCAUUUUUAAGUUACCAAACCUACAGUUUCUUAGCGUGAAGUACAAUCCAGAUCUCAUCAUUUACUUGCCUGAAUUCCACACGAAGAGUCCACUCAAGAAAUUGAGGCUGGGGAUAACAAACUUUUCUGGAGAGAUGACAAAUUCAAUUGGAAAUCUCUACUUGUUGAAUGAAUUGGAUAUCUCAGGAUGCAUCUUCUCAGGAUCAAUGUUGUCUUCAAUUGGUAACCUUCCACAACUCCUUUAUUUGAGCCUUGCCCGAAGCAACUUUUUUGGAGAACUGCCAAAUUCAAUUGGACAACUUAAAUCCUUAAAUCGUUUGGAGAUGGCAGGAUGCAAUUUCUCAGGGCCAAUCCCGUCUUGGUUUGGUAACCAAUUAACAUUGCUCCCAAGUAGUUUCACCAAUGUUACGCUUCCCAAGUUUAAGUCCCUUAAUUUGAACUCAUGCAACUUAACUGAGUUCCCAAAUUUCUUGAAAACUCAAGACCAGUUGGUGUACUUAAACCUCAGCAACAACCGCAUCCAAGGCCCCCUGCCUACAUGGAUAUGGAACAUGAGUACACAAACUUUGGAUACCCUUGACCUCUCUCAUAACUUUAUAACUGGCUUUCACCAACCUCCUCCUUUAGUUCUUCCGUGGGAUGCACUAUACCGUUUAGACUUUAGUUCUAACAUGCUGCAAGGAUCACUCCUUGUCCCACCAUCAUCCAUCAGCUUUUAUAUUGUCGCAAACAACAAACUGACUGGGGAGAUUCCACUAUUGAUCUGCAAUGCGAGUUCUCUUCGUGUCCUGGAUUUAUCUUAUAACAAUCUAAGUGGCAUCAUUCCCCGAUGUUUGGGCAGUUUUGCUGAUUCUCUGGAGUUAUUGAAUCUUCGAAACAAUAAAUUACAUGGCCCCAUUCCUCAAACAUACAACAAUGGAACCGGGCUGAGGAUGAUCAACUUAAUUCAAAACCAAUUGCAAGGGCCAGUGCCAAAUUCGUUGGUCAAUUGUCCACUUCUAGAGAGUCUUGAUCUUGGAAACAAUAAGAUCUAUGACGUUUUUCCCUUUUGGCUUGGAACACUUCCAGAAUUGAAGGUUCUGAUUUUGCGAUUCAAUAGAUUCCAUGGUGCAAUAUGGAACCCUAACUCCAGUUUAGCUUUCUCCAAAUUGCACAUUCUUGACAUCUCUCACAAUGGUUUCACUGGUAACUUACCUUGCGAUUACUUCCAUACCUUAACAGCCAUGAAAACUAUUGAUGUUAAUGAAUCAACAUAUAUUGGAAGAGUAACCAAUUUUGUUAACAAUGGCAGUACUUACGCGCUGACACUAACAAACAAAGGUGUGCAAAUUGUGUAUUUGUAUAUCCUAAAUAUUUUCGCUGCCAUUGAUUUGUCAAGCAACCAAUUUGAAGGAGAGAUUCCGGAAUCUAUUGGGAUUCUCAAGUGUCUUCACAUGCUCAACCUUUCCAACAACAGUCUUAUUGGUCAGAUUCCAUCUUCGUUGAGGAAUCUAACAGAGAUUGAGUCGUUGGACCUUUCUCAAAACAAGCUCUCAGGAGAGAUACCUUAG